UAUUCCGCCGAAGGUGAAAGUGAAAUAGAAUAACAAGAAAUCCGCUUAUUAUACCAUGUCGCCUUGAAGAAUAUAAUGACCGUACAAAGUGUAAAGUUUAGUUCUUUAUUAAAAUGGACGCUAAAAUCUAUUUAGCGUGUCUUCUUAGCUUGUUUUUAGUGAAUUUCGCUUAUGGAUUGCAGAGAUGCUUUAUGUGCAGAUCCAGGGGCGAGCUGGGAAGCUGCAAAGACCCUCUUACUGUAAACGUCACUGUGGUUGAAAAUAAGGGCGAAGAGGGGGUGGAAACUGUCCCGUGUGCCUCAGGAUGGUGUGCGAAAAUCGUCGAAAGUGAAAAUGGACCAAAAGAAGAAUAUGGUGUAGCUACCCAGAGAACAUGUCUUCAGCGGGGUCCUUCUGACAGCGAGGACCGCUGCGCCUACACAAAAUGGAACAACAAGAUGGUGUACAUGUGCUUCUGCAGAGGCGAUUUGUGUAACGGAUCGAAUGGUCUUAAUAAGGCGAAUAUUUUCGUUUUGAGUGUGUUACUGAUGGUAAAGAUGUUUGUAAUUUAGAUUUAGAAAACUAUUAAUAAAAAUAUUGCUUAAUUUUG